AUGAUUAAUUACCUGAGGAGAAAAUCAGGAAACUGUAGGAACGGAUCUUCUGCUCGUGUUUCCGAGAGGAAGCAGUUGGUGGUGGGGAUUGUGGGGCAGGAGGUUCUCAGAAGCUGUUUAUGAAACAUUAUGCUCUUUUCUCUUCAGCUGUUGGUUAAGUAAUGAGUAAAGAGUUACAAAUGAGGGCCGCAAUCAAUCAGAAGUUAAUCGAGAUGGGAGAGAGGGAGAGGUUAAAGGAGCUGCUCAGAGCUAAACUCAUCGAGUGCGGUUGGAGAGAUCAGUUAAAAGCACAUUGCAAAGAGGUCAUCAAGGAAAAGGGGAUUGAGAAUGUCACAGUAGAAGACUUGGUUGCUGGAGUCACUCCUAAAGGCAGAGCCCUGGUGCCUGACAGUGUGAAGAAGGAGCUUCUGCAGAGAAUAAGAGCUUUUCUAGCCCAGCAUUCUACAUGAAUUACUGGCAGCACGGGGAAUAUGACCCUAUGCCAAUUGAAAUGCCACAAUGUUAGCUGUGAAACUAUUGGACUUUUUUUAACUGUGUAUUGUCAUGUAUGUGGUGAAGAAAUGUAAGCAAAUCAGUUAAAUGAUUUUGUUGCACCAAUAAAGUUUGCUCAUUUUUGUACAUAA